AUGAUGCAACAUAUCUUUCUUGUGUAACAUUUACUUCAGUAUCUCCUUCAAUGAGAACUAAUAAAAGGUUUGUGAGUCCUUCCUUUGGUUUAAGAUAUCAGGUUUUUUACAUGAAUUUAUAACCGCAUUGUUUUUUAAAAUGAUUAACUUCUCUGUAGAUAUGAAAUAGUUUAUUUCAUUAUUUAUAACGUUCUCUGGUGUGUCCCAAAAUCUAUCUGUGCGUGAGUUUUAUUAUUUGAUGAGUUAUUAUAAAAUUGUAUGUUGAAUUUCACAGCAUCAAGUGUCAUUUAAUGAAAAUGACCAAAACUAUUCAAUAAGCUUAAUAAGUCGAAUCAAACCGUGUCGACAAAUAUUUUUAUAGAAAAUGGAUAACCCAGACAUAUUUUUCGGAAGUACCAAUUUUGAUAAUGUUCACCAAGAAGAACAAAUAAGUUCUUCUUGUACAGUUGAAGGUGAAUUAGAGUAUAGUAAUAACUAUAACCUUCAAAAUAAUUUAAAUCAAAAUUUAACUAAUGAUCAAAUAUCUACAGAUGUAGACAAUAUAAAUAAUACAAUUUUUGCUGGGUCUAUGAAUUCAAUUGUAUCCAAUAGUAGUGAUAAUUCUGUGCCACUUGGUGUGCUGCCUUCACAAAAUGAAAGUGGUGUAUUACCAUCAUCAGCAGACCCUAAUUCUGCUGAUUACAAUGUACAGAAUUAUGCUAACUACAAUAAUUAUAUGUACAACUACAACAAUUACUAUGGUUAUCCGUAUCCACAAUAUCAAUGGGACUACAAUAAUCAACAAUAUUAUCAACCAUAUCAAAAUUACUACAGUUUAAAUUUUAAUUCAAAACAAUCUCAAGCUUCUAAAAAGCCACUUCCUUCACCUCAAAAUGAUAUAGUUCAGCUUCCAGUUGAAGAAAAACCAAAAAAUAAAUUAAAUAAUGCAACAGUAGACGAUUCUAAUCGGUAUUCCCCUUCUGCUGAAAUAGAUGAUGAUGAUGAUACAACUAUAGAAGAAAUAAAAAAUGAUAGUUCUAUAGCCCCAUCUGAAGAAACUCAUUAUGUUACUAAUUCUGUUGACGGUACUAAUUCAUCUGAACUUCAAGAAAAACAUUUAAAUUCUAAUGAUCAUGGAAACAAACAACAAUCUAUUUCUUUGACUCCUCAAAUUCAACAAUCUCUUUCAUUAACAACACAAAUUCAACAGCCCAUAUUUAUGCCAAAUUCACAAAAUCAUAUACAGUUAUCAGCAAAUACAGCCAUGGCACCUGGCCAUCAGCAACAAUUAUCAGGAAUAAUUAAUAAAGAUGAAAAUCAAGAAAAAAUUAACAAAGGUCCUGUUGUUUUGGGUAAAUCUCAAGCAAAAAAAAGGUUAAUGGCUUUUUCAAUGAUGAAACAAAAGCUACAAGAACAAAAUGCUGCUAUUAAUGACAACCAAAAUUCUGAUAUUACUGAAGCAAAUGAUAGUGAAUUUGUACCAGAUCUGAAUAUCUUUCAAACAACUACAAAAAAAAAGACUGUGAUUAAAAAAGCUGUAAAAGUUAUUAAGGCAGAACAGACUAUAGAACAAAUUGAAGAAAUGAAAAAAACUGAGUUGAUGCAGGGAAACAAUACAGCUUUAUAUCAACAAUUAUUAUUGAGCGGAGGCAAUGAAGCUCCAAUUUUACAAAAACUUGGUAUUGAAUCAUUAAGUGGAAAGUAUUCAGCUUCUAUAAGAAAUCAAGGCAAGCGGUCUAAAAGACACCAAUAUGGCAGACAUCGUGAUGAAAAUAGAAGAAGUCAUCGUUAUCGCCGUCACUCUCCUUCUAAAUCCAGGUCUAGAUCAAACGAGAGGCCCAAAAUAAAGGCAUUAGAAGUUCGGAGCUGGAAAGAUUUUGUUAGCAGUGGAUAUCAUUUUGAAAAAUUCCGAAAAUACAAGCUUAAUGAAUUAGAAGAAUUAAAAGAUAAAGAAAGAAAAGGAAAAUCUAAAAGAAGAUAUUCAGAUAUACAAUCGGAUGAUCAUAGUCGAAAUCAGGAAUUUAUGUCAGAAUUGGAUAGAAAAAGUACUGACAAUCAACGUUGCAAUAUUUUUGAGCAAAAAAAGGAAAUUCUGAAGAGCGUUGAAGUAAAAUGCAUUGAUGAAAAAUUAAAAAAAGAUUUUCCUAGUUAUUCUAUUAGAUAUACUAAAACUGAACCAGUUUUAAAAUAUAGUUUUAAUCCUGCUAGAGUUACUCGUCAACUCAUGAAUAGGCAACAGAUGUUGGACUCAUUAGUACCUGAAAUUGAAGUUAUUGUUCAUAAAUUUUUAUCAUCAAUAAAACCUAAAAAGAUGAAAGACAAUUGUACUGAUCUGUAUUACAAUGAAGUAAAUGAUAAAAUUAUAACAUUAAUGAAGAAUAAAAAUGUGUAUCCUUUUAAAGGUUGGUGGCCUAAAUUACCAUUUAUUAUUACACAAGUUAAAGAAAAUCCAAACAUUGAAAUUGAUAAAGAUGAAGAAAUAAACAAAUUAACAUCUAGUAAACGCGCUAAGAAAUCGAGAUUUAAUAAUGAGUCAUAUAUAGUUGAUUUAAGGCCUACUGUUCCUUCUAAAUGGGAUAGUGAUUAUGAUGGUAGUCCAAUAAUUGAAAAAUCAAUGGAACCUGAAGUUUCUCAAUUAUGUUCUCAGCCAUUAAAUACUAAUAAUGUUUAUGACAACAAAAAUAUAGAACCAAAGUAUCUUUGCAAUAAAGAAGACAUGGAUAUAGCAUCUGAUGUAGGUGUUGAAGAAUUUACAAUUGAAGCUAAUACAAAAUCUAUUUCAUCAUCUAAACAUUUAAUACAAGAAAUUAAUUCUUUAGAUAAUGAAUAUGAAGAAUUUUUGAAAACUGUAACUAUUGAAAAUGAUAAGAAUCAACAAAUAAAUCAAGAUGUAAAACCUGUUGUGCUGCCUAUUACACAUUGUAUACAGUUAGAUGAUUCAAUCCAAAAUGAAUCUGAAGAUAAUUUGAUUAAGGUUUCAGAUGAUAAUAUUACACUAACAAAAGUUAACGUUAUUACAGAAAGCCAAAUUGAUAAAAAUUCACAUUUAAUUGAUUUUAAAGAUGAUUCAAAAUCUAGAAAAUCUACUCAUAAAAAAUUAAAAAAAAAAGAUAACAAGAAAAAAAAACAUGAAUCUAGUUCAAGUGAUAGUUCUUCAAAAAGUGUAUCAGACAGUGAUUCAAGUACUUCAGACAGCGAAAGUGACUCUUCAGAUUCAAGUUCAUCUAUGGAAAUUAAAAGGAAGGUGAAAAAAUCUAAAGAAAAGAAAAAGAAAAAAUCAAAAAGUAAUAAAAGUAAAGUAAAAGAUUUUGCACUUAAGAAUAAAAUAAUGGAAGAUGAUAACAGUGGUAUUUUAAAUUUAAUUGAAAAAGCUUUUAAUGUAGAAAUAAAAAUGAAAAGUUCAGAUGUUGAAGAACUUAAAAUGAAAAAAAAGAAAAAAAAAUAUAAUAAAAAAGGAGAAAACCACAAUGAAGAUUUAUUGAAAGUUAAAGAAUGUUUAAAAGAGACAAUUACAAAAUUAGUUAAACCAACAGAUACAGUGACUAAAAAUGCAUCUUCUAAAAAUAGUGAAAAUGAUACUGUCAAUGAAGUUUUAAAAUUAUUAAAAAUGAAUGAAGCUGUUGGAAAUAAAAAGAAAAAAUCAAAGAAAUCCAAACGUAAACAUGAUACUGACGAGUCUGAAGAAGAUAUUUCUCUGAAGAAAACAAAAGUUGAUGAUAUAUUUCAUGUCGAAGAAGUUGAAAAAAUGAAAAAAAAGAAAAAGAAAAAAUCAGCUGAGAAGUUUCCAAAAAAAAAAUCAAAAAAAAGAGAGAAAACUACUGAUGUAUCGGAUAGUAGUGAAGAGCUUGAAGAGUUAAACAAAAAAAAAUCUAUAAGUAGUAAAAAUGAGCCUGAGCAUUUUUUUGGACAGCGACCCAAUGAGUGGAAUAUCAAACAACAUUCCAUGAGGGGAGUCGUCCAUCAAUCGGAUCACAACAAAGAAAUAACAAAAAAUAAAGUUUUAUAUUGUAAUGACAUAAAUAACUUUAAAAAACCAUUAGAGUAUCAGUUAAAUUGUAAAAGUAUUGAUAAACUUGAUCUUUCAAAUUUUACUACUGAUGAAGAAUUAAAAAUAAACUUAUCAGGUUCAGAAAAUUAUAUAAAUACUGAAGAGAUUUUAAUAAAUAAAAAAGAUAAAAAAACCAGUUCAAAAAACUUGCCAAAAACGCAAGAGAAGUCUUCUAUAAAUAACAGUAUUUUAGAAAUGAUUCCUGAAGAUAGAAACUUAAAUUCUAAUAAAAUUCAAAUUUUAUCAAGUAUAAUAGGUAAUGAAUUAUCUGUAAAAGAUGAUUCUGAGUUAAAAAUAACUACUAUAAAGCCACCUCCUGCAAAAGAUAAUUUAUCCCAUCGAGAUAAAGUUAAAUUGAAUUUAUUAAAGCUUUCCAAUGUACAAGAUAUGUCAUUUAUGGGAUUUGGUUUUCCUACCAAUUUUAAUUUUACCCAAUCAAAGAAAUCUGAAAAUAAAAAAGGUGUUGAAACUGAAGUUAUUGAUACUGAAAUAAAAUUUGUCAAAAGUCUUUUACCUUUGUCUAAUAAAUCCGACUUUGAUACGUAUCCAAAGAAAUCAGAACAAGAUCUAAUUACUGCUAAAAUUGAUAAAGAUAUUAGUUAUUCCUUUCAAUCAAGUUCUUCUGAAUCAAUAAAAGUUUCAGCUGAGAGAAAUAAGGAUAACACAAAAAUAAAAAAUAAAUGUAAUGAGGUACAUUUAUUAACAACAGAAUCUACUAUUAUAGAUGUAACAUAUCCUCUAAUGACUAAACAGAAAUAUAAAUCAAUUAUUACUACAGAUAAUAUUAGAAACAUUGAUGAAUCUAAUAUGCCUUGUAUUGAUUUACCAAAAGUUAAUAUUGUCAAAAAUAAAGAAGGGCUUGAUUCAAUGGAUAAUAAGCUAAUAUAUAAUGAGGAAAAAACAUUUUCUCAACUUCGUGAUAAUAUUGUGUAUCCAGUUAUGUUUAAUUGUACUUUGAAAUCUAAUACUGUAAUUAAUCAACAAGAAGUCAAUUUAGCUUUAAAAAAAUUAGACAGUGUUAAUUUAAGUAAUUCUUUAUUUGAUAGCAGCUCAAAGCUAGUAAUUAAACAUCAUGAAGACCCUAGUACAAUGAGUGAUAUUUCAGAAUUAGAAUUGGAGAGUAAUGUAAAAGAACAAAUAAAAUCACCUGAACAUAAAAAAAUAAAAAGUAAUGAUAGCUCUAUUCAAAUUCCAAUUGAUAAUAAAAAAAUAGAGGAAAGAACUUUCUCAAAUAAAUCUGAUAACUUAAUUGUUAAAAAGCACCAUAAUGAUAAAGAAAAAAAUUCUUUACAUUCUAUUAAUUUAAAUAAUAUUAUCAUUGAUCCCCAAAAUAGUAGUGAUUUAAUUAUUACUAGUAGAGUGAAGGAGUGGAAUAAUUUGGGUACAUCAAUAUUAGAUGGAAAUGAUUCUUCUGAAAUUAAAUAUGAUAGUUUUAAGUCUAACAAAUAUAAAAAAGAAUCACAUUAUAGCUCAAGAUUGCAAUCUCUUAAUGAAAAUAAGUUAACAUAUUCAAAAUCAAAAUAUUCUAAGAAUAGUACUUUGAUAUCAAAAUCAGAUAAUAAGUUUGAAAUAGCUACAAAUGAAGGUGAAAAUUUGCAAAAUUCGAGUCAAAUUCACACAGAUAAGAAUAUAAAUUACUCGACUAAUGAAGUAAUAUCAUCAAUUGACUGCAUUAAUGAAGAUUCUAGGUAUAAUUACUCUGAAAGUUGGACAAAAAAACCAGAAAAUUACUCAGAAAUGUAUUCUAACAUUCCUGAAUAUUCUGAAUUGAAAACUAUCGAGGCUUGUACCCUUAAUCCUAUUAAUUAUACUAUAUAUCAAGAUUAUAAUCCUGAUUGUUCUUCUUAUCAUGAAAAAGAAUUUGAUAUUUGGAAACCAGAAGAUAUUCCACAGUAUUCUAAUAAAUAUGCGGACACAUCAAUUCAAGUUGGAAAUGUUUUGGAAAUUUUACCAUCCAACUAUACUUCCAAUGAUGAUAUUGCUAUGCAUCAAGAUACUGCAGAAUCAAAUAAAAUAUUUGCUAAUGAACCUCCGGGCAAAAUUUGUGAAAGUGAAAUUACUAUAAAAUCUUCUGAUGAUCAAUUUUCCAAGUUGUAUUUGCAACAUGUUAAACAAUAUAGUCAUAAGCCAAUUCAAUUUUCUACUACUAAACAGGCUUUUAAUAAUUUAAUUGAAAUAUUACCUGAAGCUGAACUACCACAUAGAAGUAAAAUUGAUCAAGACCUUCAAACUCCUAUACCUUUACGACCCCGGGCUUAUUCUGCCAUUGCUGAAGAUAAUUCAAAUGUCCUUUAUAUUACCAGUGAUAACUAUAUUGCAUACUGUGCUAUUGAAGAUAAAUGUAUGGUGCAUAUUGCUGUGGAUACUUCUAAACAUAAAAGUGUUGAAGUUAGUGUGAGACAUUGUUUUAAUAUCAAUGAAAAUGGAACUAUAGAUGAAUACUGGCUACAUGCAGAUUUAAUUCCUUUCCAUACAUCAUCAGAUUGUGAAUCUGGUGUUUAUAGUGAUGAUGAUGAUAAGUCUUUAGAUUCUGAGACAGGACAAAGUGAUAUUGUAGAAAAUGAUUUGGAUGGUGUUGAAUGGGAAAUUGUAGAUGGAGAUAGUGACUCCAGUGAAGAUUGGUUGAAUAAUCCUGGUUUAUUGGAUCAAUAUGGAGAGAUUGUUGAAGUUGAACAAAAUGUCAAUAAAUUUGAUAGCACAUCAAGUUCUGAAUAUGAUUCUGAUAGUAGUGAUUCAUCAGAAAAAUGUUAUAUGUACAAUAAAAGUAUUAUACAUGAAUUUAAUGAAAAUAACACUGAAAACAAUGCUAAAUUUUCUGCUACAGAAGUUUCAAAGUUUGUUCAAAAUCAAAGUUGCUCAAACACUUCACAAAGUAAAAGUAAUCCACUGUCAAAUAAUGUUUCAGGUGAGGAAAAUGGACAAAUACUUAUUCAAGAUCUAGAAAAAAUGAACACCAUUUUAAAUCAGAAUUUAAUAAUACAAAAGAUACGCAUGCAAUCAAAGUCAAGAGUUAAUAAGAAACAACCUGAUACACUACUAGUUAGUUACAGCGAUAAUAUGGAAACAAUGAAACAUCCAUUCUUGGGCUUAUUUCAACCACCUACAACUAGUAUUCUUAGAAAUGAAUUAAAAGAAAAUAGUCUUUCUAAGCGUGUGUCAUUUGCUGAUGGUAUUAACCCUGGAGAAGAUUUAGUGGAGUCACUGACAAAUGAUGAAUAUUAUCGUUCUAUGUCACCACCUCCUUUAAAAGCAUUAUUACGUGAAUCUCUAAAGAUUAAGCGUCAACAUUUUCCUUUUAGAAGAUCUAAAAAAAUUCGAGCUAAAAUGACUAUGUUAAACAGUAAAUCAGCUGUAUUACCACCCUUGAUUCAAACAAAUUCAUUAUCCUCUGUUAAUUAUUAUAUUAGCUCUAGACCUUCCGAAGAAAAAUGUGCUUUGGAAAAAAUGGACUUUGCUGGAUUAAUUUCACCAAGUAGUGAUAGUGACUUAAACAGUGACAAUAAAGCAACACCUCCUAGACUUACAAGAGAACUUACACCAAUUCCAUCAGAUGAUGAUGAUUGUGCAUGGAAUAAUGAGAGUUCCAUAAAGGAGUCACAAUAAAAAUUAUCUUAAGUUCUAUAAUAUGUUUGCACCUUUUUUAUAAUGACAAUGAAUGUUUUUUUUAUUAAUGUAUAUAUACAUUUAUGUUAUAACUAAUAUUUAUAGUUUCAUAUUUAUAUUAUAUAAAUUUAAAAAAUCA